UUGGCAGGUGCUUUCUCAAAGGCCCCAUAGCCCUCCACUUCCUGAGGAGGCAGCAGCAGAACAAAGCCAACAGAGACUUCUUUUCUCUUCAUCAUCCCAGCCACUGCUGCCAGAGCCUCUGCCUCCCAGCACCAUCCUGGGGGGAAAGACAAGAUGAAGUGGAAGGUGUUUGUUAUCAUGGCCGUCCUGCAGACACAGUUCCCAAUUACAGAGGCACAGAGCUUCGGCAUGCUGGACCCCAAAAUCUGCUAUUUGCUGGAUGGGAUCCUCUUCAUCUACGGUGUCGUUAUCACUGCCCUGUUCCUGAGAGCACAGUUCAGCAGGAGCGCGGAUGUGCCCGCUUACCAGCCCGGCUCCAACCAGCUCUACAACGAGCUCAAUUUAGGAAGAAGAGAAGAGUAUGACGUUUUGGACAAGAGACGGGGCUGGGACCCUGAAAUGGGAGGGAAACAGCAGAGGAGAAAGAAUCCUCAGGAAGGCGUGUACAAUGCACUGCAGAAAAACAAGAUGGCGGAGGCCUACAGUGAGAUUGGGUUGAAAGGCGAUAACCAGCGACGGAGAGGCAAAGGGCCGGAUGGCCUUUACCAGGGGCUCAGCACGGCCACCAAGGACACCUAUGAUGCCCUCCACAUGCAGACCCUGCCCCCUCGCUAACAGCACAGGGAUUUCACCACUCAACAGGCUUACCUGCAGACGCCCAGAUUGUUGAAGACAGAGGAUACAGCAUCUACAACCCAGUCCACUCACAUUGCUCAGCCACCAAAGUCUAAGAACAGGAUGCUUCAAGUUGUAACAUUUGGUCCUAUCCAAUUCUACACUGUCAUACACAGAACACUCCCUGGACUAUACGGGAUGUAUCCACCGGGGUUAUGGCCCUGUCCUUGAUGAACCAGUUGUGGACAUGGCAUGUUCUUGGGUCUUCUAGUUUGCUAGUGGUAGCUUCCCCCUCUGCCACUGGCUCAGUGCUCUCACCCAGGAAAUGGGCACAUUCCACCUCACAGCUGAGUCUGUGUCUUGUAAAGUCCCCAGAGAAACCCCAGAUGUUACAUACGUUCUAAUAGUCUGUCCUGCUCUGCCAGCAUUUGCGUGGCUUCACUCCUGCUGUAAAUUUGGCUUCUGUUGUCAACCUCCUCCUUACUUCAAGGUAACUUGUAAUUGCACCGAGGAGGCUGUUGUGUCUACUUGUGAAACGUCUAGGCAGAGGGGAAGAUGGGAGGAAGAGUCCAGGCAAGUCUGCAGUGGCCAGAGGUGGCUCAGGGGAGGAGGCGGGAAGUAGAUGGGGGUGGGAGUCAGGGUCAGCUAGAGUUGUGGGGACAGGGGAACUACGGGGAUCAAAAGAUGAACAAGGCUGUCCUUGUUCUCAUGGAGCUCACACUCUUAUAGAGGAAAUGAGUUGUAAACAAAUUGGUAUAAAAACCACAGUAAGCAUCAUUAGAGACUAUGAACAAGGGCAGGGUGGGGGGAUGGUGAGAGGAGAGGGCAAAACCAUGUUCUUUUCUGAGCACUUGGUUCAUUUCACACCUUGAGUGAAAGCCAAACCCAUCAUUGUGAAGGCCUCGGGGGAAGACCCAGCACCACUCCGACCUAUAAAGAUCCAGCGGACAGUGGCCCAAUGGGCAAAACCUCAGUGGACUUUCUGGAACAUCACUGUGUAAUUAAAGGGCACAUGGCCACCGAUGGAGAACCCUCUCUGCUCUGUUCGGUUUUAAUUUAUACUGGUUUGCUAAAGCCAUGCUAUUUUGCAUAAUAAAUGCAGCAGUGAAAA